GUCUGUCGACGUCCUGCGCGGGAGCGGAAAACGUGCAUCCGAUUGUGGAGCGAAAGGAUCGGUGUUUUUUUCUGGUAAAUUUUGAGCUGUUACAACACUUUGUUGAAACAUCAAUUAUAUCCUGCUUUCUUACAGACGUCUGCACAAACUAGAGCUUGGUAAUACGUUCAGCAUGGCUCCGGAUUGGAAACCUGGUGAUCUGAUCUUUGCCAAGAUGAAGGGCUAUCCACACUGGCCUGCAAGAAUCGAUGAAGUCCCAGACGGUGCUGUGAAGCCAUCAAAUAUCAAGUUCCCCAUUUUCUUCUUUGGCACCCAUGAAACUGCCUUUCUCGGCCCAAAGGAUAUCUUUCCGUACCUGCCCAACAAAGAGAAGUACGCCAAGCCCAACAAGAGGAAAGGCUUCAAUGAAGGAUUGUGGGAGAUUGAGAACAACCCCAAAGUUGAGCUCACUGCACCCAAGCCGGUCCCCCCAGAAUCUUUCACUGAAAAGGAUAUGGACAGCAGCCAAGAGGGAGAAGAUGAAGCAGAUGACAAGGGAAUAAAAUCCAAUGUUCCAGGAAGUGAGGCUGAGCAGGAGAAUGAGAAUGAGGAGGAGGAGGAGGAGGAGGAGGAGGAGGAGGAGGAAGGGUCUCUGAUCUCUGAGCAGGGUCCUCAGAACCAGGAUGCCUCGGCACUGAAAGAAUCCACAGAUGUUCCUAAAUCCAAGAGAGGAAGAAAGAAAAAGAGUGAUGUUGACCAGGAGACUGAAAAAGACAAUGCAGGUGCUAGUCCUAUUAGCCCCUCAGGUGCAGAGGCUCCUAAACGAAGAGGCAGGAAGCCCAAAAGUGAGAAGUUACUUUUGCUCCAGCAGCAGGAGAAGCAAGGCUCAGGAAGUGAAAUGGACACUGCUGAGUCAGACAGAAAGAGAAAGAGGGCACCAGAGGACAAGUCCAAGAGUGGAGAUGAGGAGAAGAGAAAGAAGGAGGACGGCAAAGGAAAGGAUGCGGAGGGGAAGGAGCCUGAAGCAAAGAGGAAAAAGCCAAACAAGGAGGACAGUUCAUCAGGCUCUGACAAUGAAGAGAAAAACAAAGGCAGAAAGAAACACCAAAACUCAGAAGUGGACAAAGAUGUGCGGCGGCGGAAAGCGGAUGAACUAAGAGAGCCAAACAAAGAUGAUGGGAAGAAAAAUGAAGAAAGGACAGGAGUCAAGAAAAAGGAAAUGUCAACUGACUUGAAACUCCAGAGACUGCACAGUGAAAUCAAGAUUUCACUGAAAAUUGACAACCCUGAUGUGAAGAAGUGUCUGGAAGCAUUAGAUGAGAUCGGUGCCCUUCAAGUCACAACUCAGCACCUGCAUAAACACAGUGAACUUAUUGGCACGCUCAAAAAGAUUCGCAGAUUCAAGGCCAGCCAGGACAUCAUGGACAAGGCCACCAUGCUGUAUAACAAGUUUAAGAGUAUGUUUCUGGUUGGAGAAGGUGACUGCGUGCUUAGCCAGGUGCUCAACAAGUCUUUAGCGGAACAGCGGCAGCACGAGGAAGCCAAGAAAGGAGCACUGAAGAGGGUGGAACAAGUCAAGGAAAACAACUCAGUUGGCUGGAACACACGCAUACAGACAGGCGAGGACACUUGGUGUACACACAAAAUGACAAAUGGUGAUAUCAGCCCUGAAGAGAAGAAGCAGGAGACGGAGAGAGAGAAGCUUCCUGAGGACGCCUCAGUGGGAGAAAAUCACAGUGCCCCAAAAGCUCAGGAAGAGUCCACUUAAGUGUCGUACAUGCCUGAAGAGAAGACAUUUGCUGCUGUACAACCUUUGUCCAAACUGGGCUGACCAACUGGGAUCUCCUGUCCAGUUCCUUUUGAUGACUGAUAACUUGUUUCCAGUUUACUGACCGUUUCCGUCAGUGCUGCUACUCAAAGGUUACAGUACAUGAAACCCCUCCGCUGCCCAGACAAAGACUGACUGAAUAUAUAUAUAUUUUUUGUUGUUGAUGUUACUUAGUUUAAUCUUUACCUUUUUAGAUGCCUGGUGUCACAUGCACCGUCUCAUCUGUUGAAUUUGAGUAAUGACAGUGUAAUGCUAAGAUACUUACUGAGCACGCUCACAGAGACAAGGUUACUACUAUUUGGUCCAAUUUUUCGAUUGGAGUAGAUGGUUUUUAUUGUACGCAAUUAUUUCAUAUGCACUUGAGAUAGUUUUGUUUUUUCUGACAUUUACAAAAUCAACGGUUUGAUAUUAUCUUGAUUUACAGAUUUUGUAAGUACAAAGGCGUAGUUGUAGUUAGAAGCAGCAUCACCACCAUGUCUAAUAAUAUUGGUUAGAUUAACAUGCUAUAGCUGCAUAUUCUCUUCAGAAAAGUCUGCAAGUUUGCCAAAGUUUUUUUUGCCAUUUAGUUUUUCUCAACCAUGUGUAAGUGUCUGUUUUAAAAGUUGUUUUUUUUUUUUUAACAUAGAUGUAAAUAAGAGUAUUUUUGUGCCUGUCUGAUGACCUGUUUCAGCAUCCAACAAUAAAGUAGUACAUUAAGUA